CAGUUGCGAAAACAAGUUGCAUAGGCUAAACACAUUCCCCUAAAUUGCAGAGCAGAGUGUAGAAAUACCGAGCUACACCGACCAAAUGCUAGAGAUCUCGAAAAAUUUAUCGAAUGUUACCGAAUAGAUAAUGCAUGAUUAUUGAAUUUUCCCAAAAUAGGGCAGUGACUUGUACCUUUUAUAUCUCUUCACCAUCUAUCUAACUCAAGAAAACUACCAAACAUAGAUUUCAUGAACAUAUAUCAUACACAAAUCAUUCACACCCGAAAAUUCUUCUCCAUCUUUCGACAUUUACAUUAUUUUUACCCACAAAAACAUUUCACUAUUUCCCUACUUUCAUUUUCUCCUCUUUACAUCAUCUCAAACUUCUUUGUUAUCUCCUCUUGAAUGUACUUUUUCCGAUAUAAGUUAGAAUUUGAGCAGUCAGAAGUUGUGUAGACCGAUAAACUGAUACAAUGAGAGACGAUGAGCCACCAGGAUCUACCAGUGCAAUGUUCGGUGGAGCUUCCAGCAUGCCUUCGAAAGUAGGAAACAUGAUGCAUUCUGAUCCUCACAUGUCAUCUACGUCGUCGGUGGAUGAUGGAGAUGAUGCUGAUUACAAUAAGAGAAAUAGCAGCUUUUCGGCCUAUGAUCCUUCAAGGUUGAGCUGUGAGGGAUCACCUAUGAUGAUGUCUCCGUGGAACCAGAGCUCUCCUUUCGCGAAAUCUCCUUGGUCUAAUUUUGAUGAACAUGAUGUUAAAAGUGGCGCUGCUCCCCCUUCUGGCCUAAUUGGCUCACUUGUUCGCGAGGAGGGGCAUAUUUAUUCACUAGCUGCUGUCAAUGGUCUCUUGUACACAGGCUCAGACAGCAAGAACAUUCGUGUGUGGAAGGAUUUGAAGGAAUUCUCCGCGUUUAAAUCCAAUAGCGGAUUGGUUAAGGCUAUAAUAAUCUGCGGUGGGAAGAUCUUCACAGGGCAUCAGGAUGGGAAGGUUCGCGUGUGGAAGGUGCAGUCUAAGGACCCGAGUCUGCACAAGAGAUGUGGCACAUUGCCUACGAUGAUGGACAUUUUCAAAUGCUCCAUAAAGCCGAAGAACUACAUUGAGGUUAAGCGUAACAAGACUACUCUCUGGAUCAAGCAUUGUGAUGCCAUAUCUUCUUUGAGCAUGAGUCAGGCACAAGGGCUUCUGUAUUCUGCUUCAUGGGACCGGACUUUUAAGGUGUGGAGAGUCGAGAAUUCCAAGUGCCUGGAAUCAGUGAAAGCCCAUGAGGAUGCUGUCAACUCUAUCGUUGCAGGACCGGACAAUUUAGUCUUCACAGGCUCCGCUGAUGGGAGUGUUAAGGUGUGGAAGAGAGAGCCGCAUGGGAAAGUCACGAAGCAUGUUCUUAUACAGACACUCCUCGAUCAAGAAUCUGCUAUAACAUCACUAGCUGUCAAUGCAUCAAGCACAGUUCUAUACUGCGGAUCCUCUGAUGGAAACGUUAACUUCUGGGAGUGCGACAAGCAGUUGGCUCAUGGAGGUGUUCUCAAGGGACAUAAACUGGCAGUUCUGUGCCUCGAAGCUGCAGGGCCUCUGUUGUUCAGCGGUUCUGCAGAUAAAAACAUCUGCGUCUGGAGAAGGGAGGGAUCGUCAGCUCACAACUGUCUGUCGGUGCUAACUGGCCACACCGGGCCAGUCAAGUGCUUGACAGUCGAGAAGGAUCAGGAGUCGACAGACAGUGAUCCGAAAUGGGUGGUUUACAGCGGCAGCCUAGACAAGUCAGUUAAGGUCUGGAGUGUAUCGGAGCACGCCCCGGACAUGGCUAUGUAUUCAGGUUGGGAUUCAAUACCAUCUGCAAAAUAUUAACAGCAACAAGUUAAGGCCAUCGACUUCUUUAUAAUCUCCGUCCGUCAUUAGUCAUCUGAAUCCGCCUUCUCAUCACGUCUUUCCUCUCACCCCUGUCAUGUAUAUAUUCGUGCAAAAUCGAUUCGAAUUGCAACAAGAACAUUUAUAUUUUCUACUGUUUAUGCAACUGAUUAACUCUAAUAGGUUCUAUCGACAGGAAACUUUGUACAAUUAUAGUUGACAAGCUAUUAUACAUUAUCCUAC